AUCUAUCUAAAUGUCUUUAUUUAAUUCUUAGAAAUAAUACAACUCUGAAUACUACACUAUGCUUAAUGGAUUAGAGCAUAGUUUUUUUAAGGAGGAAAUUGAGAGCUAGGAUUUAAUGCAAUUAAUUUUGAAUAUAGCUCAACUAGUGGAAUACUUUGAUUUGAGAAAAGAUCCAAUAAAAGACUACUUUUUAGAGAAAAUGUAAUACAUUUUAUCCAGACCUUUUACUCUAUGUAAUUUAAAAAAGAAAGAUGAUGAGAAUACGUCAAAUAAAGAUAUGAAAAGAUCUCGUCACUCUCAUUUCUGUUAAAAUGUCUAAAAAUUGGAAAUGCAAUCCCUUUUAUAGAGUAAUUCAGAGGAAAAUGAAGAAACAAUAAAAUUAUUAUAAGAAGUAUAUAUUUGAUCAAUAAUAAUAGGAUUAUGAAAAAUAACUAAUAGAGCAAACACUUUUAGUUUAAUAAGACUUAAAGAAUCAAAUGGGUAAUCUAAAAAAUAAGUUAUUACAUCGAAAAAAUAAGAGUUUAUUUUGUCUCUCUAGUAAAUUGAAUAAUUAAGAUGAUUCACUGAGAAAUAUGGAUAGAUAAAAAACAUGUCAAAGUAGUCCAUCAAAAAAUUCUGAAAGUGAACAAAAUAAUACUAAUGAUAUGUGCUGA